AUGUUUUGUUUUUACGAUAAAUGCUGCUGUUAUGGAAAUUUACUGAGAUCUGUUAUAGGACAGGUACUGGCAGAGCGUGUUACCGCAGAAAAUAAUGUACCGGAAGUGAAAACAUCGGUUAAAGACGGAUACGCUGUACAUUCCGCAGACCCAGUAGGUUAUCGUAAAGUCAUUGGAUCCUCCACUGCUGGAUCACCGUUUCUGGGAACUGUUUCAACAGGCGAAUGUGUUCGCAUUUGUACUGGCGCUGCAGUUCCAGAUGGAGCUGAUGCUGUAGUAAUGGUGGAGAACACAAGGCUUAUAGACCAUAAUGGCUUUGAAGAACUGGUCAUCAGCGUCGACACUACUGUGGCUCCUGGUCAGGAUAUUCGUAUGCCAGGAAGUGAUAUCAAACAGGGAGACUUGUUAUUGGACGUUGGCUGCUUGCUUGGUUCAGCAGAAAUUGGAAUUCUUGCUGGUAGCGGAAAGCGUUCAGUACUAAUAUAUCGAAUGCCAAAACUUGUCGAGUGUACUGCAGACGAAGUACCGUUUGGUCAUAUUCGGGACACGAACCGCCCACAGUUGAUCGCACUAUUCAGUUCAAUGGGGUUCAAGGCAAUCGAUGCUGGUAUCGCUGUCGACAAACGUGAAUGUCUCGUUGAAGCGAUCAGGGUUUCAUUUCUUUACGCACAUAUUCUUGUCACAUCAGGAGGUGUUAGCAUGGGUGAGAAGGAUCUCAUGAAAGAAGUGCUCAUGAACGAUUUCGGUUUCCAGAUCCAUUUCGGUCGUGUAUGGAUGAAACCAGGUCUUCCAACAACAUUCGCAACUGGAGUGGUUGAUGGCGAAAGAAAGUUUGUUUUUGCCUUACCAGGCAAUCCUGUUUCUAGUUGGGUAACGGCUCAACUCUUUACCGUACCUUUCUUGAGAAAAGCUGCGGGACAAGUCAAAAUUUUUCAAAGCGAGAUCAAAGUUGUGCUUGCUGAAGACAUUACUCUUGAUCCUCGUCCUGAAUACAAAAGAGCUUGGCUUCAACAUGGAACUAAGAUCCCACUUGCUGUUAUCACAGGAAAUCAGAUUUCAUCUAGGUGA